AUACUUUUGUAAAAACAGAUUAAAUAAUUAUGAUGAUGUUCACUGGAAAUUGUGUGCAAGUAUGAAAUAAUCACAAUGUCUAAAUCAUAUAAUAGAAACAUUUUGACUUAUAAUAAUAAUCUCUAAAAUAAGCUUACAUUUAAAAAGCGACAUACAGUUCUAUAAAAUACACAACAGAAGAUUAGACUACAGAAUAUACAAAUUAAGAAAAUGUUUGUUGCAAGAUAAAAAGUAAAGAGAGAGCGAGAGAGAGAGAGAGAGAGAGAGAGAGAGAGAGAGAGAUUGUGACAAAGGAAAUGAUGUUGUCAUGAGUGUUUGUACCUGUAUCAUAACACAUUGUGUUGAAGUUUGUAUAUGUGAGCAGAAGAGACAGAAGUCAACAACACUGAGCAAACCGUAAGUAACUUUCUAAUCCUCAUUUAUUAUAACAGACCCUGUCGAAGAUCACUCUUUUCAUUUUAGUGCACUAAAUAAUUUGACCGUCGUUCUUUUAAAAGGAAGUAACCAAACCGCUUCUUCUAGUUCACAUUUUAGAAAUGCCUGCGUGUCUUUAUUCUCAGAUGUCCAACAGCCCUUCAUCCUCCAGCUGUAUAUUUACAUCUCAAAAUCCAGCUUCCACGUCUCCGGACGGCAUCCUGCCACUAAACUCCGAGUCCGGCGGCCCGACACAGAUGCCUCAGAUGGACGGUGGUCUCUAUGCUCAAUCCAUGGGCUCUCAAUGGUUUCCUAAGUUUUCAGAUAACCGGAACAUGGGGCAAAUGAUGGGUUUGGCGUAUCUGCCCUUUCCCUCCUCAACAAAUCCUGAACGAGUGAUACAGCAGAGUCAAAGCAGUCAGCAGGAUUUCUCACAGUUUCUUCUGCCACCUCCGGCAGCGACGCUCCGUCAGUCCGGACAGAAGCGAGGCGUCAGUAAAGACAGCGUGGAGUAUCGACUGCGCAGAGAACGAAACAACGUCGCCGUGAGGAAGAGUCGCGAUAAAGCUCGCCGUCGCAUUCAGCUGACCCAGCAGAGGGCGCUGCAGCUGCAGGACGAGAAUCAUCGACUGCAACUGCACAUACAGCGACUGUCACACGAGGUGGAAACGCUCAAACACUAUCUGUCACAGCGCCACCUACAGGUCAAAGAGCAGGACACAAGAGGAGAAGAUCACUGUUGAGUGCUAUUGGACACUGAAGGUCUUUAUAAUCAAAUCUGUUUCUUUUUAAUCGUUUGCAGAAUAAAAGUUUUUGUUUACAUCACAUAUAUGUGUGUG